AUGGAAAACCGAACCAUGCUCAAGAAUUUCAUCCUUGUGGGUUUCACAGCUGGCAGGAAGUUGCAGAUCUUUAUCUUUGUGGUUCUCCUUAUCAUCUCAUCGUGGACCGUGGGCUACUUUAUUUCGAACUUCUCACUCUUGGAAAUUGGUUUCACUUCCUCUGUCAUUCCUAAGGUCUUGUUCAACCUAGCAUCAGGAGAAAACACAAUUUCUGUGACUGGUUGCUUUGUUCAAUUUUUUUUAUAUUUCAUCUUUGGCAUGACAGAGUUUCUUCUCUUGGCAGCAAUGUCAUUUGACAGGUAUGUAGCCAUCUGCUACCCCUUGUCUUACUCCACCAUAAUGAGCAAUGGGCUUUGUAACUUCUUAGUGCUUGGUUCAUGGGGGCUGAGUUUUGCACUUCUCAUUGGCCCAUCUUGUCUUCCAGUUACCCUUUUGUAACCAAAACAUUUCUUCUGUGACAGUGCACCUUCGGUAAAACUUUCCUGCACAGAAACACCUGUUCUAGAUCUCGCUAACUUCUCAAUAGCUGUUUUUUCUCUCCUGGGCACUCUUGUUAUCACAGUCCUGUCUUAUGCCAAUAUAAUUUCCACUAUAUUGCACAUUUCAUCUGCUUCAGGGAAGCAGAAAGCCUCCACUUGUGCAUCUCACCUUAUUGUUGUCUUUGUCUCUUAUGGGAGUUGCAUUUUCAUGUAUGCUAAACCUAAACACAUGGGUGGGCUUGACAUCAGCAAAGGGAUAGCUAUUCUCAACACGGUGGUAUCUCCUCUGCUCGAUCCAUUCAUCUUCAGUCUGAGGAACAGGCAGGUUCAAGAAGCCUUGCAAAAAUAUUUCUCCAUGUGCAGUUCUUACAAACAAUUCUAA